CAAUGGCUCGGGUUUAUUUUUCCCGUUUGUAUUGCAAAGUUUAACGGGAAGGCUUAUUACAAUCCGACCCAUAACCGUAAGCCUGCGAAAGGGAGAGCGAUGGCAAAGAGAAAGUGCUGAGCUGUGCCCAUUGCCAUUGCAAUGCCGUGGGAACGGACACCGACACGGGAAGAGUUCUGAGCAGAACCGGAGGGUGAAGGCUUCAUCUCACACUUAAAGCAGGCACGAUGCUCAGCGCUUUCUCUUUGCCGUUGCUCUCCCUUCCACAGGCUUAUCGUUACGGGUUGAACUGUAAUCGUUUAAGAGGUUCCAGCUCUCUGGAAGCAGAAGUAAAAUUCCCCAUGGCUGGUCAAAGAAUAUUUUUUCAAAGCGCGAAGUGCUCGCCUGCCUUGCUAGCGUGCACCCCUGAGAGAAGAAAGGGAGCCUGGUUCCUGGCUGCUUUUAACAGCAUCAUAUGAGAGGUGAACCCUGGCAUUAGAGCGUAACCACACUCCUUGCCGGAGUGCGUUUCCUGGCACGCGAGUGGGCAUGAGCUGGCAGUGGUGGGGUAGGCAGGGGCAAAGCCAAAACUGCCGGGAGUGGGGUCAGAGCUGCUCCUGCCAGCAAAGGCUGUCGUGACCGUUCAGCUGACCUGAAACCAGCUUGUGGACAUACGUGCUUUUUUGUGUUGUUCAUAGGGCUCCCGCUGCACGGGAGCACUGAUCCCUAGCUGCUGUAAAGUGGAGAACGUGCAUGAAGCGGGCUGCGUCAGGGGGGAAUGCUAAUAGAUGGUGGAGUUCCCUGUUUUGUAUUAUUGUCUUUCUGGUCACUGAUAAUAACGCUUCUACUCUCAAAUACCAAGUGAUAAAUUCUGUGAGGUACCUCCCUGUUCCGUGAAGCUGCUUGUCUGACACUUUCUGGAGAGUGCUGGGAGGUCGCCAAGCACACGGGGCAUCAGGAGGCUCCACUGCUGCAUGCACCGGGUAGGGGACAGCGUAGGAAGCGGGGGCUCAAAUCCUGCAAUCAGGAGCAGUAUCGUGCCACUGGCAGCCACCGUUUCUCAGGGCAGGGCAUGGGGAAUGAUGCUGGGCAGGUGGUGGCUUGAGUUGGAGCAGAGGGGCACAGUCUUGCAUGCCAUCAGCAGCAGUGGCCUCAUGCCAGGGUGGGAUCAGGUGUUGGGGCUCCAUUAGGAGCCGUGCCCGCUUUGCUGGUGCUGCAGUCGUGAAUGCUUUCUUCUUCUCCAUCCCUCCUCUGCUCGGAGGGUGCUGCUGGUGUCCCUGUGUGCUGGGCCACGGCAUGAACUCAGCCUCUGGAGAAAGCCUCACACCUUUCCUAACGAGCCCUGCAUCCCAGGUGCUGAUGGAGGCCGACGGCUUGCCCGUGGAGCUGUGGCAGCUCAUCUUAUCCUACCUGUGCCUCCCUGACCUGGGCCGCUGCAGCUCGGUCUGCAGGGCCUGGAACGAGCUCGUCCUCAGCCUGGACAGGACGCGCUGGCGGCAGCUCUGCCUGAGCUGCCUGGAGCACAGGCACCCGCACUGGCCCGUCCAGCCUGACGUGGAGCCGCAGUCCUGGAGGGACACCUUCAAGCAGCACUACCUGGCCUCCAAAACCUGGACCAAAACCACCCAAGCCCUGGAGUCCUCCAACUGCCUCUCCCUUUUCCAGAGGAGGAAGGGCCGUCGCCGGCUCUGCGUUGGCGCAGUGGCCGAGUUCAGCAGCCUGCGGGCUGCCCUGGCUGUCGCCAGCCCCUACGACCGGCUGGUGCUGCUGCCCGGCGUGCACGAGGAGCACAGCGAGGUGCUGCUGAAGGUGCCUGUGGAGGUCGUGGGGCAGGGCAAGCUGGGGAAGGUGGUGCUGCUGGCAAGCAUCAACCAGCACUGCCCCACCGCCCGCCUCUGCAACGUGGUCUUCAUGCCGGCCCGCUUCACCUCGGUGCUUUACAAGACAACUUCAGGCUAUGUCCAGUUUGACAAUUGCAACUUUGAAAGCGGGCAGCUGCAGAUCCAUGCACCGGGGACAUGCCAGGUGAAGUUCUGCACCUUCGCCCAGUCCAGCAUCCACCUCCGCAGUGUGGCCCUCUGUGUCCUGGAGAACUGUGAGUUCAUUGGUAGUGAGAACGCCUCCGUAAUUGUGGAGGGCUACCCGAGCUCUGACCGUAACUGGGCCUGCAAGCACCUGGCCAUGCUGGCCAAGUCCUGCACAGCAUCUGUGUGGGAGCCUAGCCCAGCUGGCUGCCCUGUGGCCAAGCAGGAUGGCUGGGGAGAAUCACUGCUGGAGCCAGUGAGGAUGUGCGAGAUUGUCAUAGGGGAAGAACGAAGCAGCUUCAUCUCUACUGUGGGUGCUCAGGCUCUGCUUGGCUCGGCCCAGGAGGUCACUGAAUUCAGAGAGAACCUUCAGGCAGCAAAGGAGGAGGAGUACCUGGCCCUUGACUCAAACUCCAGUGACAGUGACUUAAGCAGCGACAAUGAAGAGGAUGCUCGGGCUGCAUACAAACUGCCUUAUCAAUCCCACAGCCUCAGUCACACGCUUGCUGAUGUCACAGACAGCAGGCUUCAAAGCGACAGGCUGCAUGCCCUUCAGACGGACCUUAAGCUCAAGUCUCUGCAGCAGGAGCUGCAACAGGACAAGGAGGCCCAGUCUCUGGCCAGCUCUCUGCAAGGCUGCAUCAUCCGCCAGUGCCUUUUCAGGGAUGGAAAGGGAGGAAUAUUAAUUUAUUCUCGAGGGCAAGCAAAACUGGAAGGAAGCAUCUUCAGGCAUCUGACCUACGCAGUGCGCUGCAUACAAAACAGUAAGGUUAUCAUGCUGAGGAAUGACAUCCACCAUUGCAAAGCCUCGGGAAUAUUCCUGCGCCUGUUGGCAGGAGGCCUGAUUGCGGACAACAACAUUCAUUCAAACUGUGAGGCUGGAGUGGACAUUCGUAAGGGGGCUAACCCCCUUGUUCUGUGCAAUAAGAUACACAGUGGCCUUCGCUCAGGCAUUGUCGUCGUUGGCAACGGAAAAGGCAUCAUCCGUAGCAAUCAGAUCUAUGGGAAUAAAGAAGCUGGCAUUUAUAUUCUGUAUAAUGGAAACCCUGCUGUGAGUGGGAACCAUAUUUUCCAGGGAUUGGCUGCUGGAAUAGCAGUGAAUGAGAAUGGGAGAGGCCAGAUCACAGGGAACAUCAUCUGCGAGAACCAGUGGGGUGGAGUGGACAUCCGCCAUGGUGGUGACCCCAUCCUCAGGAACAACCUCAUCUCCUGCGGCCACUCAGACGGCGUGGUGGUGGGUGAGCGCGGGAAGGGCCUCAUCGAAGGAAACGCCAUUUACAGCAACAAGGGCUGUGGCGUGUGGAUGAUGUCCUCCAGCCUUCCACAUCUCAUCAACAACCAGAUCAGCCACAACGGCAUCUAUGGGGUGGCACUGUUCUGCCGCAAGGAUGAGGCUGGUGACUAUCCCCCUGGUCAAGGGGGCAACGAGACCUUCCAGGAGGAGAGGGAGGGUGCCGGUGGGGAGAACGGCCCCGACAGCGAGGAGGAGUACCCAGCUGCCCGGCCUCCCAUCAGCGUGGCACUGGUGGAGUUGAACAGCAUCAACCACAACGGAGCUGCUGGGUUGCACAUCAAGAGCAGCGAAGCGCUCAGCGUCAUCGCCAAUGUAAUCCAUGCCAACCACGACGGCGGGGUGGCAGUGCUGCAGAGCAGUCAGCUGACACACAUCACAAACAACAGCAUUUGCUGCAACAGCCGGGAAGGUGUGCUGGUCGAGGCCGAGUGCCAGGUGGAGCUGCGUGGCAAUGGCAUCUAUGAGAACCGCAGCCAUGGCAUCAUCUCCAAGGGCGAGGGUGUCAUUGAAGAGAAUGACAUCAUCGGCAACCACAGGUGUGGCCUUCAGAUGCUCCAGGCAGCAGACAUGAAGCUUAAUUUGCAGGUGACCAAGAACAGGAUCCAGGCCUUUCGGGACUAUGGGAUUGCUCUCUUUGACGAAGCCAAAGGCCUGGUGCAGGAAAACCUCAUUUUCCAAGGAAGAUCCAAGAAAUUCAUUUUGCGACCAAUGUCAAACGCAGAAGAUUGCAUUGUCCAAGACAAUGUGCUUCUCACCGUCAAGAAAAGGUUUGAUAUGGAGUGCAUGCUGAUUAACCCCCCAGCACGGCCUCACGUCAGAGGAGGUGUCCUGGGCUCCUGCAUGGCGGCUGGUGGUCCGAGGGUUUCCAGCACAACUACCAGGAUGGAUGGGGGCUGCCACCACCGCAGGAGCAUCUUCUGCACCAUUCUUUGACUGGAUUAGGAGGUUUCUUCCCUGGUUUCUCUGCCUGUCUUUUCUCCAGAGCUGCCGCUGGGAAGCUCUCACAGCUCAGGGAUGGGGACCCCUGUUGGACUACACUCCCUUUUCACGAAGAAUUUUGCAACUUCAGUGGCACAUCACUAAAUAAAAAAAUAGCUGGGAAAACAGC